AUGAGGAAGGCCGCGCGUCGACUCGCGCCCAGUAAGCAGAGGAGCCAGCACCAUCAACUCCCCCUCCUUCGCAGCUCCCCUGACCUCUCCUCCGUUUGUGUUUCUUUCCGCAGAUCUUGCUCCGAUUUCCCCAGCCGGACGCCGGCCGAGAGGCUCACCGACGACCUCCUCGUGGAGAUCCUCUCACGCGUCCCCACCAAGUCGCUGUGCCGCUGCAAGUGCGUCUCCAAGCACUGGCUCGGCCUCAUCCACCACCCCGACCACCACAAACGGCUCCCCCAAACCCUGGCCGGCUUCUUCUACGGCCGCAUUACCAAUAUCACCGGGCAACGGGUUGUGGAGCUGCCCGUCCAGUUCAGCAGCCUCUCGACGGACGUCCGCUCUCCGGUUGGCACCUCCUUCACCUUCCUGCCCAACCACCACCUGCCCGUCGAUCUGCUCGACUCCUGCAACGGCCUCCUCCUCUGCCGAUUUCACCACGUUUCCGAUGGGGUCGGCGCAUUCCAUUAUGUCGUGUGCAAUCCCGCGACCGAGAAGUGGGUCGUCUUGCCCAACUCCGGCAAGGACAGCAGCCAGGUGGCCACCACAUCCUUGGGCUUCGACCCGGCCCUAUCGCCGCAUUUCCAUGUGUUUGAGUUGGUGCAGCAGCACAAGUACGGCGAGAAUUCCGACAUUUCCGGAGUGACAGUGUAUUCGUCUGAAACCGGAGAAUGGGUUUCUAAGGAGAAGAGAUGGAGCAGAGCUACUUGGUUUGCUAGUCGGCACUCCUCCGCGACAGUUUUUCUCAGUGGCCUUCUGUUUUUUCGUGCCCUUGACCUUGAAUUGCAUGACUGUGUAGCCGCGGUUGACGCAAAGGGGGAAAUAUGGAUGAAACUCAGGGUCCCUGGUGGUCAGCUUGAUGGUUUUGUUCAGCGGUCGAUACUCGUGGCCCCUGGUGAUCCUUUUGAUGAUUUUGAUCUGGCUUACGGUUUUAUUCAGCGGUCGCAGGGCCGCUUGCAUUAUGCCAAUUUUCAGAGGGAUAAAGAUGGUGUUGCCGUUCGAUUACUAGUUUAUGUUCUGGAGAACUAUCAAGACGAACAGUGGAUAUUAAAGCAUAGCAUUGAAACUUCAAACAUAUCUGGAUGGACAGAUUCAUGGCUUGAUGCGGAUUUUGAUUUUAUUGCGGUUCAUCCGGAUUGCAACUUGCUGUUCUUCACUGUGGGGGAUAUCACAUUCAUGUGCUAUAAUAUGGAUAAUCAGCAGGUCAAAGUGAUCUCUCAUCAUGCAGAUGUCAAGCCGCUAUUUCUACCGUAUGUGCCGUUGUACAGAGAGUCACAAUCAUUGCACAUUUGA